GUACUUGCAAACUCCUCUAUGAAUACCGACUGUCUUCCUUGCUAAACCAUCAUCAAUCACACAUUCACAGUCCCAAUCACUGCAACUCUUCACAAUCUACGCAUCAGCAAAAAAACAUCUUCCUCAACAUUCACUCGCUCUUCCAUAUCUCACAACCAACCAACAAUCAAAAUGGCCACCCAAGCUUCCAAGGCAUCCACCUGCUGCGGCAAGAGUGACGUCUGCGUCUGUGCCACUCAAGCAACCUGCAGUUGUGGCAAGCAGUCCGCCCUUCACUGCACGUGCGACAAGGCUUCCACCGAGAACGCCGUCACCGGACCUCGGUGCUCGUGCCGUGCCCGCCCGGCCGGUGAGUGCAACUGCGACCGCGCUGCCGCCGAGAACGUCACCCCCAGCGGAAACGCCUGCGCCUGCGGUGUCAGGCCUGCCGAUGCCUGCACUUGUGAGAAGGGAGGAGCCUCGGGCGUCUAUGACACUGCCAACGAGACCGACUUCACUACCAAGAAAUAAAUGAAGAUUAUCGGCAAGGGAUUUAUUUCUGGCGUUAUUCUGGGUCUUUUUUCUUCUUCUUUUUUCGUGUACUCUAUGACACUCAGUAUACCCCAUCGCAUUGAGCAAUGAACUAUUACAUAUUAUCAUCGUGGAUCCCAGACGCUACAAGGCGAAAAAAAUUAAAUGCAAUUAUUUAACCACACUGGGGAACCUUCGACCGAAAGAUAAAGAUACAUUUUGUU